CCUCUAUCAGCAGCUCUUCUCAUUCACUGUCUCUCUGACUCUGCUUCUUGUUUGCAUUAUUUUAUUUAAUGAUUCAACAAUCUAAUCUUUCAUCUUCAUCUCUUCACAUGAAUUGAUAGCAACUUGUGAGAAGAUUAUUAUUCUUCACAAGAACACAUUUCGAGCAUAAAAUAGGUUCAAAUUUCUCUAGUGCAGGCUUAUAAAGUUAAUUAGUUAGGUAGCCGCAGCAUCAUGGAUCCUAAUCAGCUAAAUUUGCAAGAGAAACUAAGCCUAGUCUAUCAAGUUUCCAAGCAAACUGAAGAGGCGGCGCAUAAGGUCCUUAGCUACAUGACCCGUGCAGACCUUGCCGAAAUUCUAUGGGCUCAAACGGGUUUAAAGAGAAAGUAUGCCGGAUAUACAAAGCAUAAACUCAUUAAUCGCCUCCUCAAGCUGGUCAAUAACAAAAAUCACUUCAACAAGUCAUCAUCUAUUUCCAAUGCCUUUGACAGGAGGAAGCUGCUAGAGCACCAUGAACAGCAACAACAAAUCGUCUCAUCAUCACAAGGCAACAACAACAGUACUACAACUGGAGUACAACAACAGUCCUCUCUGUGCCGGAACCUUGGGUGUAAGGCUGAAUUAGUACUGCAGCCUCCGGAUGAAACUUUCUGCACCAUCUGCCACCGUUGCUGCGAUCACAACAACGAGGAUCCCAGCCUAUGGCUAGUCUGUGAGUCUGUUCCUGAUCAUCCUCACGACGGGCAGUCUUGCGGCCUUUCAUGCCACCUUGAAUGCGCCUUGGAGAAUGAAAGAAUGUCCAAUGCUGGUUCCCUCAUAGAGCUGGAAAAAGGUUUCCAAUGUGUUUCCUGUGGAAAAAACAACAAUAAUGGACUCAUCAGGAGCUUGCAUAGGCAACUGUUGGCUGCAAAAGAGGCAAGAAGAGUUCACGCUCUGAGCUCACAUCUCAAGCUGAGUUGCCAACUAGUUGAAGGAACUGAACAUUACAAGGAGCUACAAAAGACUGUCCAACUUGCAGCCAAGACACUUGAGAAUGAGGUAGGGCCUCUUCAGGAGGCACACAAACAAAUGGAUUUUCGGAUUAUUGGUAGACUUUCCUGUGCUGCAGAUGUGCAGAAGUUAUGUUUGUCUGCCUUGGGAAUCUUCGAUUUGUUGCCUAUUGAGACUAGGUCCAACGGCUUGAAACAGAAAGAAAGAGCGGCAUGCAUGAUCAGCUUUGAAGAACUAUUACCGACCUCUGUAACAAUUAUUCUGGAUUACGAAGACUAUCUCCUAGAAGAGUUUUUGGGUUGCAGGUUAUGGCAUAGAAAAUCGAGAUUUAAAGAUUAUCCCAAAGAUGCCACAUUUGUUGUGCUCAAGCCAGAGAAGAGAUUCAAGCUUUUUGGCCUUGAUCCUUCCACCAAAUAUUUCUGCAAGGUUUCAUUUUUUAGCGACAACCGAACUCUUGGAAUUUGGGAAGCCAAAUGGGAUACACCGGCAUCAAGGAGCAGCGUCUCUAUAUCUGAAGAACCAAAAGGAGACAAGAGUAUUAAUAAUAUUAGUUGUGGUUUGUCUGAAACUUGUCCGCCAGGAAAAACAUCCAAUGAUCAUCAUGAAAAAGACAAGAUAAUUGCAUUGACUCUUUCGUCCAAGGUAUCCGGCAUGCAUAAUACGUCCUUGAUCACACCUACUGAAUCCAACCACCAGCCAACAAUGGAGGGUGGAAAAAAGCAUGUGAAGGAGAGUGAGUAUGACUACUCUGUGAGGAUAAUAAGAUGGAUGGAGAAAGAAGGACACGUUAAUCUAAAUUUCCGGGUGAAGUUCCUCACUUGGUUCAGCCUGAAAGCAACUGCGGGGGAGAGAAGAGUGGUGAAUGUUUUUGUGGACACCCUGGCCGAUGAUCCUCCAAGUUUGGUGGCUCAGCUCCUUGACGCCUUCUCUGAUCAGAUCUCCGACAACCCAUUAAAGCCAGGAUUUUGCUAUAGAUUAUGGCAUUAAUUUUAAUUUUAGUUUUUUUUAAGAAACUUCACAAGUUACAAGGAUGGUGCUGAUAAUGAUCUUCUUGGUUUUACUAAAUACAGACACAAGUUUUUU